AUGGAUAUUUUAAAAAUUCUUUUUGUGACUGUAAUGUUAUCUUGUGUUUGUGACGGAACUUAUUUCUUCAAACCCAAGAAAAUAUUUUUGCCUCCGAUUGAAAAACAUCAUCAUCACCAUCAUCAUCAUCAUAUUCAUCCCCAUCCUCACCCUCCUCAUCCUCACCCUCCUAAGCAUCCUCCUCAUUCCCACUUUCCUCACAAUCAUCAUCACCCUCACGGAAUGGAGGACCACGGAUUUUUCCAUAAAUUUCACAAGCCAAAAUUCAUCCAUCACAGAAUUCGUCCACUUCCAAAGCCAGUGAUGUACAAGACUUUCCUUAUUCGGAAAUACAGCUUGCCACCAGAUUUUCAUGUGCAUAUUUCGUUGAAUAAGAAAAUAUACGGACACUCUCAUGGACCUUUUAAACCACACACCCAUUAUCCGAAAAAUCCUACGUUGAUGAUGCACCAAAGUAAAAUGAAGAAAAUAUAUCGACCGAAACAAUUUCCACACAAAUAUGGACAAUAUCCUGUGAAAAACAUUUUGACAUACGGAACUAGAGGAAAAGUUCCACGAUUUCCGGAAUCGGGUAUGCAGAUACAAACCAAUAUGUUUCUUCCCACAGGAAUUCUACAUCCACCUACCACCAGGCCCUCAAAGAAGCCAAGAAUAAGUAAAUAUGAACUAUGGCUGAGGAAAAUUAAUGAUUGGAUGAUAAGAAAACAGAAUACCGCGAAGGGAAUUCCUGUAAAAAUAAAGCGCAAACGGAUUUUUAAUAAAAUACAUACGAAUAUUCCUAAUCCACCUCAACGACUAAACAUUCCUGAACCUCGGCCACGUAAAAAAGAUGAUGGUAUUAUUGCUAAUUUUGUGUUUGUGAAACCACCUUUUAUCAGUAAGAGUGAGGAUCCAGUAGGUCAGGGGAUCCCCGUUUCUGAAAAGCCUAAGCCUUCAACAACUAACAAAAAAAGGAUUACUCCAAAGCCAGAAACCGUUAAGUUGCGCCCUAAAGCCCCAGUUAUGGGCAUUCCUAUUAGCCUGGAUAAUAUAGGCCCACCAUUUGAUAUUACUGAAGUUAAUGAUCUUCCUACGGGUGGCCUACCCCCACCUAUUGAAAUUAUUCAUGAACCAAUCCCUGGUAGUACCGGCGGUGUCAAUAAAGUCGAUGUAGGGCUUCCUAUAGGUUUGACUCCAGGACCAUUUGGGUCAGAUUCUGUCACACCACCCAGUAUUAUAGUGGAUGGCCUCCCAACUGAACAGAAUGUGAAUAGCAUUGUUCCGCUUCCCGGAAACAUUAACGAAAUGUUGACGGAUGUAGCUGAUUUGUCUGAAUUUCCAAAUUUAGACCUCAGUAAUGAGCCAUUGAUAAUUGAACCUUUUGGUCCAAUGCCACCUGAUAGUCAGUCUCCCCUGCCGCUGGACAUACAACCUUUUCCAUGGGACCCCUCUCAGAUACCCUUCCCACCGGAAGUAAUUCCUCGUAUAUCAAAUAAGGAAAAGGAGCCAUAUGUUAUGAGACCACUGGAACCUAUUGUUAAGAUAAUUGGCCGAGAUAGCAUAAAACGUAAAAACGACACUAUAUUUGUACCUAAACCAAUAUCUGAUCCAAAAUAUAACGAAACAGAACAGGUCAAUGAAUCGCCUUACAGUGUAUUUACUGAGGGUCCAGUGGAACCUUCAACACAAACAACAAAAACAACAAUGCCUGCAACAGCAGUCUUCACAACACAAAAACCAUCAGUAACUUACCAAACAACAACAAUGACCCUACCUCCUUUAUCAAUUAUGGAGUUAAGAGAUUUUGAACACCCAACUUCUGCUACGGAUGUCACAACACAGACAACAACAACAGAAUUAGAAACAACAUCGACAACAAUGACAACUAACAGUAUUCCGUCAACAGACCCUGCAAUCAUUGUGAAUAGAACAACUGGCGACGGUCAGAAUAAUAUGGAUAUGGUAGAUCAAAAAAUAGGAAAAGAACAGAAGAAUGAAUCAGCCUUCUUUAAGUAUAGACCUCAGGAAAUAAACAUAUCAUUUCCCUACCUAAUAUUUGAUAAUCCAACGACUACUACAUCAGCAUCAAAGACUCCAAAAUCUGACACUGUAACAAGAACUAGUACAGUGACCACAACAACAGUGGCAACAACACUAAUUACAAAAACAACUACUAUGGAUACGGAAAUAGAUACACCACGUGUGCCAACAUUAACGACAACAAUACCUGCACCUGUGGCUGUUGACCAGAUAAAUGAGGAAAUAAUUUUGGAUUUUAUGACAAAUAAACAGCUUAUAUCGUCAAGAUCCGACGUUGCGAUUGAUGACUCAACUCCAGAUAAAGAAACAACAACGCAAGUAAGUAGUACAUCAAAAAUAGGCGAAUCUACAAUCAUAUGGCCCACAACGAUGAAAGAAACAACACCGACAACAACAACAACAACUAAUGCAUUACCUAAUACAACAACACGAAUCCUAACAAGUCUGAAACCAAGCACAAAAACUGAGACAACUGAGACUCCAGAACUAGCGGAGGUUAUUAUGGCAUCUUCAACAGCACAGCCACUAACAACAGCAAAAACAACAACAACAAUACUAAAUACACCUGAAACAACAGGCAUACCGACAACUACAGAUAAUUACUAUUCACACACAGAGACCCCGGUGUAUGACUAUGUUACAGGCCCUUACGACUGGUUUUUCAACGAGACAGAUAAUACCACGUAUUUAUAUUAUGAUGAGUUUAUGAACAUGACAACACACCAAACAACUGAAGUAGUCCUGGAAAGCACAACAUCACCAACAACUGAAAGACCAGUAACUCCAACAAUGAAAACAACACAAACGACACCAAUAUUGGUUUCUUCCGGAUUUUUAUCAAGUAACAAACCUACCACAGCAAUGAUGGAUUUUAGAAGCACAAAGCAGACAACACUUAAACCAUCAACCCAAACAACAGAGCCGGUGUACACCUCGACACUAAUUUCUACCGAACAGGCAACAACUACAACUACACAGCCACCUGAACAGACAUCAUUAAGAGAAGAUAAAACAACAACUCCAGUAGUAGUAACAACAACCUCCCCAACAGUGACAAGCACCCAGAAACCUCCUGUCACUACGGCAACUCCAGCUUCAACUACAACCGAGGGACUAAAAAUCUGCCAAGAAACAUAUUGUAAAAUCGGUCAGGAAUGUACCGAAAACAAUACAUGGCUGUGUCCCACUGAUGUAGCCGGAACUAACUGCCACUGUACCCAGGGCUGUAGAGUAGGAAACAUGUUUAUUCCGCUUGGCGAAUCCUAUCACUUAGACGAAUGUGGAAGUGUGUGUUCUUGCUUCAACCUUUAUGGAAAGGCUGAGUGCCACAGACUCCGAUGCACUAACAGAACUGUAGCAGAUCCUGUAAAGAAGCAGACAAACUACACCGGCAUAUCUAUAGGCGGUGUGAUAUACAUUCCUGUACAACGGGUCCAAAUCCCGAAAAAUAAGUCGAACACUCCUGGUGAUGACGAAUAUACGUAUGGGAUUUCGAUUGGUGGCGUGAUUUACAUACCAAAAAGAAAUCAUACGAACUCUGAACUCGAUAAAAAUAACGACUGGACGUCGGGAAUAUCACUAGGUGGGGUCAUCUAUGUACCCUCCCGCGAAUACACAAAUGAACAAAAUGGCAAAACUGAUUAUGAAAAUGUGGUUGAAGGCAAUUCCUCUUGGACAAAAGGAAUAACUAUUGGGGGCAUUAUAUAUGUUCCAGUGCACAAAAGAAAAAAGACCUUUCAAGAAAAGAAUCGAGAAUUUGAAAAGAUAUAUGACAAGACAAAUUUUGCUGAUGCCGAUGUUAUACCUGUUAAAACACCAUAUGGAACCACAAGGGGAAUAACUAUUGGAGGUGUUAUUUACAUACCGAACAAAAACAAUAACGAGCCUGUCCAUUUUCUUGGUGAAAGCGAAAUACAACGUAAAGAGGAGAAAAACCAGACCUCGCCCAUAGAAGUGGAAUAUCCGGUGGGCUGGACAAAUGGCAUAUCAAUCGGGGGAAUCAUUUACGUGCCCGUCCGACAACGCAAGAAGGUUGUACACAACCCUACUUAUCAAAUACCAGACAUUCAAACCAAAAACUACACUAAAAAUGACUUUCCUUAUUUGACCAAAACGGCUGGAAUUCAUAUUGGAGGUAUAAUUAAUGUUCCGAUUGCGAAAAGAUCGUCUAUAAAAUCUAUAAAAAUAAAAAAGAUGAACCCGGCUUUUGGAUAAAUUAUAACAAAAACUUACGUACUCCAUUCUUCUCUAUGCUACAAACUUCACCGUGACGAGGC